AUGGGUAAACCGCGGAUGAUCAUCUUGAUCCGCCAUGCGCAGUCAGAAGGAAACAAAAAUCGGGAAAUCCACCAAACGAUCCCUGAUCAUCGGGUCCAGCUCACACCCGAAGGACAUCGACAAGCAAAGGAGGCAGGUAGCAAGCUGCGUGCUCUUCUACGGCCCGAUGACACCAUACACUUCUUUACCUCUCCCUACCGUCGGACUCGGGAGACUACAGAGGGGAUCCUCGAGUCUUUGACCUCCGAUUCUCCGUCCCCGUCGCCAUUUCCCAGACAUACCAUCAAAGUAUAUGAAGAACCACGGUUGCGAGAGCAGGACUUUGGCAAUUUUCAGCCGUGCUCUGCGGAGAUGGAACGGAUGUGGCUGGAAAGGGCGGACUAUGGACAUUUUUUCUAUCGAAUCCCGAAUGGUGAAUCUGCUGCGGAUGCCUAUGACCGAAUCAGCGGCUUCAACGAGUCGCUUUGGCGACUGUUCGGGGAGAAUGAUUUUGCCAGUGUCUGCGUACUGGUAACCCAUGGACUCAUGACGAGGGUCUUUCUGAUGAAAUGGUAUCACUGGAGUGUUGAAUAUUUCGAAGAUCUACGCAACAUCAAUCAUUGCGAGUUCGUUAUCAUGAAGCUCAACCCGGACAAUGGGAAAUACGUCCUUCAGAACAAGCUGCGUACAUGGUCCGAGCUGAGGAAAGAGAAGGAAAACGAGAGACAACGGGAGCGAGCGAGCAAAGACCUGAUUUCGGCUACUUCUCUCACCCCUGCCCCCACUCCUCUCCCGAUCAGACGCAAAUGGGGCGGAUGUCCCGACGGCUGUAACCACGGCCUCCACAGAAAAAGGUCCUUACGGUCUUCACGGACGACUGGCGAUGACCCGACGCGUGUUGGGAGUGAGGCGCAACCCUCCACGAGAAGUAAUGUCGAUCAGCAAUACAUCACGGCCCCCGAGCCAGCACUGGGAGACUGUUCCUCAGACAUUAGACCGACGGACCAGACUAUUGCCCCCUCUGACGAUCCCUCGAAACGGGACGUUGAAGCUACUUCGCAACCCACCAGCCUUCCUACGGACUUUGAUGCCAACACCGACCACAAUACUCAAACAUCCAAAAGGCCCAGCCCUCAUCCGAGGGCUGCUUCGAGCCCAAACCCGAUACCCAGGCGGCCCGACCUAGCCAAGUUUCAUCGCGACAGCGAGGAUCAUCUCCUCCACCCACCAAGGUCAAACUACGCUCUCCACCACCUCGGCGGCCGCGACGGCGGCGGUUCCCUGAGUGGCGCAAACAGCGUCACCCCGUCCGAGGACGAGCGCGAGGACGCAGGUUUCUCCGGUGACCGACUCGACCAACACAAGCCGAACUCGUCGCAUGAUUUCGCCGACGACGGCGACGACGAAAGCCACACCAAGCAGGUCCAACGACCGAAACGGACGCGCUCACACCAUAAGCACAGCCAUAACCGCCACAACCACACUCACCACUCAAGCUCGGCGAAUCACGGCAACUCCAAAAGGGGAGCAAUACACAUCGACACGGAUCGGUCGCAAGAUACUACGUACACCCCUGCCGAAUCACCCGCUCAACAAGAAAACCAUAACGAACAAGCGCACCUCGAGCACGAAUCCCAGCAGGCCUACGUACGCGUGCAUGACGACAACAACGGCGCAGAUGACGGAGAUGACGCCGACGCCGAGCUCGAGGCCGAACGACAGCGUGACCAGAGCAUCAGAGGGAGUGUCUACUGA